AUGGCAGAACGCAGAUCGAGCAUCGCAGUUCUGUCAGAACACAACCGGCCGAUGGGUGACUCUGAUCACUGGGCAGAAAGCCUGGACAGGAAAUGCUCCGUGUUUGUUCCGAACUCCUCGGACUUGACCCUGGACGAGCAAGGAGCGGGCGCAGGCUUCGUCUGGGUGAGGCUGGGCGAUGUACUACUGUACAGCUGCUACUGCACUCCGAACUGCACGAUCCAAGAGUACGACCUGUUCCUGGGCGGACUGGAACUUUCGAUCGCGCAGCAGCCAAGAACACCUGGGAACCUGGUUGUUGCAGGGGACUUUAACUCUCACUCCCCUGAGUGGGGCUCAGCGAGGCUAGACAACAGAGGAUCCAUGCUGUCGGACUUCGCCACGUCGCUGGGUCUAACUUUAUGCAACGUCGGCUCAAGGCCCACCUUUAGACGGGUAAACGCAGCAUCAAUCAUUGACGUCACGAUGGAACGCUUUCCCUCCCGCGGCCGUCAACUAGUCACUGGCUGGUCGGUACUGGAGGACACCUACUCGGCAAGCGAUCACUUGUACAUCGAAUAUCACGUUUCCCUGCGAGCAGCGCAAGAAUCCACGCGCCAGACAACGAUAAACAGGGCUCCGGGCUGGUCAAUAAAAAAGUUCAAUCGGGCUGUGGCUGAAUUGUUCUUUGAAUUGUCUGGUCCGUCGAGACCACUGUCAUCUGCAGCACCCGCCUCGGAACACGUAACGCGUUUAGGGGCCUUACUCUCCGCCACUUGUGACGCCUCAAUGCCGCCUAGGUCGACGUUCGAAGCUAGGAGAGCCGUCCAUUGGUGGAGCGAUGACAUCGCCGCGCUUCGCAGGACCGCAAUUGCCGCGAGGAGAGCGUACCAGCGCGCCGGCCGCAGAUCGGGGAGGGGAACCCGGGAGGCCGAGCUGGAAACCUACAAGAAAGCGCGAUCUGACCUGAGAACGGAGAUCCGCAAGGCACAAGAGAGAAGCUGGUCGGAGCUGUGCCGUUCAGUAGACAAUGAUCCCUGGGGAGUCCCCUACAGGCUGGUCACCAAGAGAUUAGGCCGCCGAUCACCGGCAAUGGACCAUGCGGUGAGAGUAAACGUGGCUCGCGGUUUAUUCCCUCUAUCACCGAGGACAGAUUGGGAAAGUAUACCAGCAGUGGGUGGUGAGAUGGCUCUACCGGUCAUACUUCCCGAGGCGCUGCCAGGUAUACCACUGUUCACCACUGACGAAGUGGCUAGGACUGUCGGAAAACUGCCGUCGGGAAAGGCACCUGGUCCUGACCUCAUUCCCAACGAGAUUAUCAGAACAACCUUCGAAAAGUUCCCGGAAGUGUUUGUGGGCUGCUAUAACGCCUGCCUCUCUGAGGGGUCUUUUCCCACCCCAUGGAAGUGCGCCAAGCUGGUGUUACUGCACAAGGGCAAAGGGAAACCGAGGAACGAGCCUUCGAGCUACCGCCCAAUCAGCCUAUUGGACGGCUCCGGCAAGGUGCUAGAGAGGUUGCUCCUGGAGAGGCUAAUCCCUCACAUUGACAGCGUGGGUGCGUUAAGCAAUCUCCAAUUCGGCUUCAGGCGAUCGAGAUCCACCGUUGACGCUAUCCACCAAGUCCUGAACGUGGCCAAAGCUGCGGGCAGCGGCCCAGUCCAAAAUAGAGACCUGUGUGUCUUAGUGACGAUUGACGUGAAGAAUGCUUUCAACACAGCUCCGUGGCGAUUAAUCGACGUGGCACUACGCCGCUGCGGGACUCCGGACUACUUGCUAAACAUCCUCAGGUCGUACAUGGAGAACAGAGAACUGUUAAUCGGGGACAACGACUGCCUCCCCGUCACCUGUGGCGUCCCACAGGGCUCGGUGCUGGGCCCAACAUUGUGGAACCUGUUUUAUGAUGGAGUGCUCAGGCUCCCAGUGCCUGCAGGAGUCAAACUUGUCGCAUUCGCGGACGAUGUGGCGGUGGUGGCGGUGGCCCACAAUGCGGAGCUGAUCGAGCAAUUGGUAAACCCUGUCCUCUGCACGAUCUGCGAGUGGAUGACGGAGAAUCACCUACGACUCGCCCCCGAAAAAUCGGAAUGUGUGGUUCUCACGAAGAAGCACUCUUUUCGGGAUCCAGUGUUGCACAUUGAUGGGUGCCCGGUAGCCGUCAAAAGGUCGGUAAGGUACCUAGGCGUCCAGUUGGACACCCGCCUAUCCUUCGGCGUACACGUGGAAUCGGUGACAACUGGCGCGAGGAGAGCCGCCUCAGCGCUUGGCAGACUGAUGCCGAAUGUAGGUGGUCCAGCCCAGUGCAAGCGCAGCCUGCUAAUGAGCGUGGUACACAGCCGUCUGCUGUACGGCUCCGAUGUUUGGGCAGACGAGGUGCAGCACGUGGCCAAGUUCAGGAACCUGUUACUCCAGAGCCAGAGGUGCGCUGCCCUCAGAGUCGCGAGAUGUUUCAGAACUGUCUCCGACAUGGCCGCUCUUGUCCUGGCAAGGAUGCCGCCAGUCACUCUGCAGGCGGUCGUGCGAAAGCGUGCCACCGCUCACAGGCACGAAGGUGCGGUCUUGACAAACCAACAGAAGGAGGACCUCGUAAUCGGUGAAUGGCAGACGAUGUGGGAUGUCUCCACCAAAGCUGCAUGGACGAAAUCGCUCAUCCCAGAUCUGCGUAGAUGGUGGAGGCAUGGACCGAGGGAAGUAAGCUACCACAUGGCCCAAGCCCUAACGGGUCAUGGCUGCUUUCAGAGCUAUCUGUGGCGUAGGAAGAAAACUGAGAACCCAGGGUGCGUUCACUGCCCGGCCGUGUUCGACGAUGCAGAACACACUCUAUUCGUUUGUCCAUUCUGGGAUGCAGCAAGAACGGAAGUUGCAGCGGCGCUUAGGAACCCAGUUGGUCCAGAAGACGUUCUAUACCUCCUGUGCGGCCCUGACCCCCAAGAGCUUCCAGAUGAUCCGUCCCUGCGGAGAAGGUUAACUGCGGCAUCACUGAGGCAUGGGGAACUUUUUCAUCAGAUGGUGGAGUCCAUUCUAUCCGAGAAGGAAGAACUGGAGAGACAGCGCCAGCGUCAAAUGCGUCUUCAUAACCAUUAG